ACCCCGAGUUGCUGCCAGAUGACCUCGAUGAGAAGCUGCUGCUGUUCGAAACAGAUGAAGAUGCUGCUGACAGUUUGGAAGAGUGGCUGCUGAAUCCUUCAAUGGCGAUUCCCUGGAGUCCAGAAGAAAAGGAAGCAGCAGCAAAAGAUAAAAGAGGAGAAGACACAGAAGACGCAGACGAGGACCCUUUUGAAGGCCCCGCUGCUGCUUCCCCAGAAGCAGCAGCAGCAGCAGCAGCAGCGGGGAGGGAGCAGAGCCACAGGCCCCAGAAGCGAACCCGGGAAGAGCCAGCAGACAGCCCCGACGAUGCUGCUGCUGCUGCUGCUGCUCUGCAGCAGCAGCAGCAGCAAAAGAGAGUCCGGCGAGAAGCAGCGGAGCAGCAAACUGAAGCAGAAGACACACAGGAUGAAGCACCAGGAAAAGCAGACAUCUACCCCGCGGCAGCAGCAGCUGCUGCUGCUGCAGGGCCACCAGAAGCAGCAAAUGAAACACAAAAGACGCAAGAGAGAAAAGGGAAAAAAAGGAUGAAAAGAAUACAUGAGAAAAAAGAGCCAGAAGAGGUGGAGGAAACAAAAGCUGAUUAUAUAGACGGCAAAGCAGGAGGGCGAACAACCAGCGACCAGCAGCAGCAGCAGCAGCUGCUGCUGCAGCAGCAGCGAGAACAAGAACAGCAGCAGCAGGAGCUGCUGGAGCAGCAGAAGCAGCAAAAAGAAGAAGAACAAGGACAACAACAGCAGCGACAGCAGCAGCAGCCACAACAACAACAACAACAAAAACAACAACAGCAGCAGCAGCUGGAGAAGCAGCAACAGCAACAACAACAGCAACAACAACAACAACAGUAUCAGCAGAAACAGCAGCAUCAGCAACAACAGCAACAAAAACAACAGCUGCAGCUGGAGCAGCAGCGGCAGCAACAACAGCAACAGCAGCAGCAACAACAGCAACAACAACAACAGCAAGAACAGCUGGAGCAGCAACAGCAACCACAACAGCAGCUGCAGCAGCAGAGGCUGCAGCAGAAGCUGCAGCAAAAGCUGCAGCAGCAGCUGCAGGAGCAGCUAGAGCAGCAGAAGCAGUUAAAGCAGCAGCAGCUGGAGCAGCAGUUGCUGCAACAGCAGCUGGAGCAGCAGCAGCAGCAGCUGCAGCUGCAGCAGCAGCAGCUGGAGCAGCAGCAGCAGCAGCUGGAGCAGCAGCAGCAGCAGCUGCAGCAGCCGCAGCAGCUGCAGCAGCUGCAGCAGCAGCUGCAGCAGCAUCUGCAGCAGCCGGCGCUGCAGAUGCUGCCGUUGCAGCUGCCUUCAAAUGUGCAAAAGUUCCCUGUUCUUUGCUCCCACCUGCUGGGAUUCCUAGAAGCCUCCGAUGUUCGCAACUAUGCCCGAAUGUCAAAGUUUGAUUGUUUGCUGCGGGCCCUUGCUGCUGCUCCUGGGGGCCCCCUGGGGCCCCCCAAUCUUGAGGGGCCCAUGCACAGCAGCAGCAGCAGCUCGGGGGUCUCCGUGGGGCCCCCAAGUCUUGAGGGGCCCAUGCUCAGCAGCAGCAGCAGUUCGGGGGCCCCCGUGGGGCCCCCCCUGCUGGAGGGGCCCAUGUUGGAGGGCAUCAGCAGCAGCAGCAGCUCUGGGGGGCCCCCUCUGCUGGAGGGCCCCAUGCAGGGGACCCUCAGCAACAGCAGCAGCAGCAGCAGCAGCAGCAGCAGCAGCAGCAGCAGCGGCGUGGGGGUUCUCCCGGGGCCCACCACGCUGGAGGGGGCCCUCACAAGCCCCAGCAGAUUUGAGGGCCCCCUGAGGGGCCCCAGGCUGGGGGGGCCCCCGGGGCCCCGCAGAGAUGAGCCCAGAAGGCCUAGAUGUUCUAUACCUGCAUUGCAUUCCCUGAUAGCAGCAGCAGAAGUAGCGGCAGAAGCAGCAGCAGCUGCAGCAGCAGCAGCAGCAGCAGCUGAGGCCGCGGAAGCCGAAAAAGCCGCAGCAACAGUAGCAGAAGCAGCAGCACAGCAACAUAAUCCCCAGCCGACCCCGUCCCCCUUUUUGGCGCUUGCAGGCAUCCCUGCGCCCUCAGCAGCAGCAGCAGCAGCAGCAGCCGGACCAGCAGCAGGUCCAGCAGCCGGACCAGCAGCAGGUCCAGCAGCAGGACCAGCAGCAGUUCCAGCAGCAGGCCUAACGGUAGAAACCCCAGAAGCGGUAGCAGGACCAUCAUCAUCAGCAGCAGCAGCAGCAGGGCCAUCAUCAUCAGCAGCAGCAGCAGCAGGACCAUCAUCAUCAUCAGGAGCAGCAGGACCAUCAUCAACAGCACAAGCCGCAGGACCAUCAUCAGCAGCAGCAGCCGAAGGACCACCAGUAGCAGCAGCAGCCGAAGGACCAUCUUCAGAAGCAGCAGCCGCAGGAUCAUCAUCAUCAGCAGCAGCAGCCGCAGGACCAUCAGCAUCAGCAGCAGCAGCUGCAGGAAGCUCCAAAUCAGCAGCAGCAGCAGCAGGGCCAUCCCCAUCAUCAUCAGCAGCAGCAGCAGAAGGCCCCUCCUCAGCAGAAGCAGCCGCAGGGCCAUCCCCACCAUCAGCAGCCGCCGCAAGAACACCAUCAUCAUCGUCGGCACCAGGGGAAAGCCCAGCAGCAGCAGCGGGAGCAGCAGCAGCAGCAGCAGAGAGUCCCGACGAAGCAGCAGAAGCAGAGUGCGCCUCCGUCGGAGCGCUUGCGGCGUCAGCGGAGUCCCCCGCCGCUGCAGCGGCGUCGCCGGAGUCCGGAGAAGCAGCAAGCGACGCAGUGCUGGAAGCAGCAGCAGCAGCAGCAGCAGCAGCAGCAGACGAGGCGCGUCCGGCGCAGGCGGUGCUGCGCUGCUGCCUGAAAGCGUUGCCGCUGAGCACGGAGCUGCAGAAGGAGCCGGGGCUGCGGUCGCCGUACCUAGCAGCAGCAGCAGCAGCAGCAGCAGCAGGCGCGGGAAGCUCGGGCUGCCCGCGGCAGCAGCUCGCGACGCACCCCUUCUACCGGCUGCCAGCAGUGCUGCCCGGGGCCUCCGUGAGGCCCUUUGCUGCAGCCAACUUGAGGCCCCUUGGCCUCAAGUCCUCGUGGCCCAUGCUGGCCAUUGUGGCCAUUCGGGGCCUCCUGAAGCUGCCAGCAGUUGGCAGCGACGCGCUGCUGCGGCUGAUGCGCAGCCUGGAGGCGCUGCAGCAGCAGCAGCAGCAGCAGCAGCACGCGCGGCGGCUCAAGCCCAAGGAAACCGUCGACCGCAUGGCCUUCGCCCUGCUGCUCGCUGAUGCACUCUUUGCUGCCAGCGCUGUCCUGGGGCCCCACGCCAGGAGGGACCAGUGGUGGGGGGCCCUCGUGAGGGCCCUGCCGGACUACAAGGGCCCCACAGCUUCUGCUGCUUACCGGCUGUCAGCAGAAGCAAACAACAAGUUGGCUCUCGCGCUGCAGCAAGCCCUCAACUUCUACCGCAUGCAGCAGCGGCCCCCAGCCUACAUUUUGGUCCCUCUGAAGCAAAAGAUCCUUUGCAAAGGAGCAGUCCGCAGGCUGGGUCUUGGGAAAUGGAAGGAGUUCCAGAGAGACGACCAGGAGUGGCAGCUGCAGCAGCUGCAGCAGCAGCAGCAGGAGCCGCUCGCCCUCCAGCCGCGCCUCGGCCUCACGGACGCGGACGAGCAGCAGCAGCAGCAGCAGCGCGACGAAGACCUCGGGGAGCAGCAGCUGCUGCUCUCCAUCGACGACCUGCUGCGGCGGAGGGAAGAGGCGCUGCUGCUGCAGCAAGAAGCCCGCAGUGGCGAGCAGCAAACGCUCGAAGGCGAGCAGCAGCAAACUGGCGAGGGCGAGCAGCAAGCGGCAGCAAAUGAGCAGCGCGAACUCACGGAGCCCGAGCUGCUGCAGCAAAUCUCUGCAGAGAUGCAGAACAAAACAGCAGAAGAAGUCCGGCGGGAACUCAAGAAGCAGCAGCCGCAGCGAAUCUCCGCGCAGCAAAUGGAACAGAUUGCAGCACAGAAGCUGCAGCAGCUCGAAGCUCAAAGAAGAAGACAAGCCAGCAUGCGGAGUCGGAAGAAGCUGGAGGAGCAGCAGCUGCAGCAGCUCAGGCGGAAGCAGCAGGAAACGGAGAAGCAGCAGCAGCGGAAGCGCCCCAAGCAGCAAAAGAAGAAGAAGUCACAGAGGCUGGAGCCCGACCAGCUGCCGCUGGAUUACCUGCAGCGGCAGCCUCAGCAGCAAGAAACUGAAGAACAGGAAGAGCUGCGGUGGAGGGAGCAGCUAGAUGAGAUCGACAGAGUGCUGCAGAAGCACCAAAGGAGAGCUUUGAUUCGAAAGCGAAGAGCCGAGCUGCGGCAGCAGCGGGAGCAGCAGCGGAACUUCGAGGAGCAGCAGCAGCACAACAGCGAAGAAAACAAGCUGCUGCUGCAGCGGCUGCAGCGGCUGCAGGGAGAAGCGCACCAGCGGCAGCCCACGGGAGGACUGCCCUCCCGCUUGACUGUAGCGCGGCAGCUGGAGCUGCUGAAGGCGAGGCAGAUGCUUCAGCAGCAGGAGCAGCAGCUGCAGGAGCAGCUGCAGCAGCUGCAGCAGGGGCAGGAGCAGCUGCAGCAGCUGCAGCAGGGGCAGGAGCAGCAGCUGCAGCAGGGGCAGGAGCAGCAGCUGCUGCAGCAGGAGCACCAGCAAAUGCUCCUGCAGCAGGGGCAGCAGCAGCUGCUGCUGGUGCAGCAGGAGCAGCAGCUGCUGCAGCAGCACUACCAGCGUCAACACCAGUACCAUUACCAGAAGCAGUAG